AUGUUGUUCUCUCUUCUAGGUUGUGGCAAGCUCGCCGUGAUCGGCCUGGGUGUUCUUGCUGUGGCCAAUCCCAUGCCAGCAAAUCCCCACCCAACUCCUACCAAGGAGGACAAACAUAACCCAGCCCCCAAAACGGUCACUGAGCAUAAGACCAUAACCGUGACCCAUCCCGUUACGGAGUUCAAGACCGCUACCGUUACCGUUACCAAACAAGGAGAAGAUAAGACUGUCACCGUUACCAAGGAAGGAGAGAAAAAGACUGUUACGGAGUUCAAGACCGCUACCGCCACCGUUACCAAGGAAGGAGAGAACAAGACUGUCACCGUCACCGUUACCAAGGAAGGAGACAAGAAGACCGACACCGUCACCGUUACCAAGGAAGGAGACAAGAAGACCGUCACCGAAUACAAAACAGUAGAAGGCCACCCCGUCACCGUAACGGCGUAUGUCACAAAGACUGCAGACUGUCAUGACUAUGGCUACGGCUACUAG